GGACCUUACAACCCAGAGCAGGGACACAGCACCAUUGAAGCAAUUCUUCAUAAGGCAUCUAUCUAUGUCCUGGGCAGGCUUUUUGCACUUGUUACAUUCAAUCGAGUCAAAAUCAUUGGUUCUAAAGGUGUCAAGGGGGUGGAGCAAACAGGUCGUUCAGCCGUCUUUCUUUUCCAAGCUGGGGCCUCGUCCUGCAGUAGGGAGAAGUCCACUGGAGGUGGAGAAUGCAGAGUCCUGUAGCCCACCUGCAAAUCUGCGUCGCCCACCAGCAAUCCGCCUUAAGCAUUCUGCACCAAUACCUCCAGGAUCAGCGGCACCUUGGUCCGGCCCAGCCCAGCCCCUCUCAGACCCCCAGGAGCAGCUCUACGUUGAGGCAACCCAGCUUCAGCAGCGGGACCAGGAGGAUCCCACCCUCAGCUACUUCCAGCAAACGCAGGACCAUCCUGCAGGUCGCCCGAGAGAGCAAGUUAACCCGGUUAACAGGCUUCAUUUCAGGUUUACUGAAUCUGGAGCAAAAUGCAUUGUCUGCACUGCAAGAGACGCACCUCCACGUGGAGUGUAAGCUCAGCGCCGAGCUCAGAAAUCUCUGCAGUCGCCUGGCAGCCCGAGAAGAUUGUCUCCGAUUAGAUGCGGAUCUGAAAGCGAUCGAGCAGUGUUUGCGAGACAUUGCCCUGCAGCUGUUAAGUUCACUGUCCUCAAAUAAGUCAGGUUCACACCUGCAGACCAUUCCCGUGCUGAAAGAACUCUUUAAAAAGUUCCUGGUUAUUUGAAGUCAUGGAAAUCAGAUGAUCUAGCCUCUGUCAUAAUUCACUGAUAGGGACAGCAACAGCAUGAGCAAUAUUUGUAACCAUUGUACCGCCUCAGUCCAUGUGGAUUAUCAGUUUUCGUUGUGGUUCUGUAAUAACUGGGCAGUUUACAGUUCAUGUAUUUCUGUGGAACUUGGAUCAUUCAGGCAGACUGGGUGAAGAUGGUAGAGUUCAUUCUGUCAAGGACUUUAGUAAAUCUGACAGAUUACUGGACUGGCAUCAACUUUUUUUUUAAUCUUCUGACUUGUUUAAACACUGCAUUCAAGCUUUCAAAUUGCCAGGGUGGGAUUUAAACUCACAACUUUUAGGUUAUUAAUUCAGGGUUCUUAUCCCCGGAUACGAGAUGCUGGUGUUAUUUUUGAAACUGUGAAUGGCAGGUAUGGUUUGUCAAAAUAUACAGUGUGGUUCACAUGUAGUGCUGCUCUCCCAGCUGAGGUUACCGCAAAGGAUUCUCCUUCACAGUGUCUCCCCUCGCCUGGGGCAUGCUGACCCUCAGGUUAAACCAGCUACCAGUCGCCCUCUGUCUCUGAGAAUAUUUGAAAUGAAGAAUAUUACACAUCCGAGCGUUCAUGCAAUUCUAGACAAUAGAACUUUGGCGACUUCAUAUACAAGUACACGCGACACUUUCAGACAGUGGCAACAACAGCUGUUAUGGCAGCGUACUGCCCUGGCACCACAUAUUGGCAUCGGAGCCAUGUGCAGCUGAUCAGUUUUCUUCACACCAUCAUUGGCAGCUGUUCCUUCAACUGGUUAGAUUCUAAGGUUUGGUGUUGUAAUGUGGCUAAGUGUCAAUUUUUUGUCUUAUAGCAUUACCACAAAGCAUCCUUAAAGCAUUUUUAUCACAUUAAAGGUGCCGUGUAAAUAAGGAUUGUUACUGCUUGCUGAUCUGACGCCUAAUGGUACAAGACAGAUACCGACCUUUGUAGUGUGUUGGUACAGAGAUUAGUUGAACGUACUGGUGUGUAAGAUGUAGUGUUAAACCAAUCUAUUCACUUCUGGAAAAUUGAACUCCAGGACCUAUGUGUACUUGCAUUUGGUCCUCAAUGGAGCCGGAGGCUGUCUGCUCCAGGCCAGCCGCAUUCUUUUUCUCUCUCUCCGUUUUUUUGUCUUUUUUUUUCAUUUUCUUCAUCUUCCUGUUAUCGUGCAGAGGCCAGAGCGGUAAGGGUGGGGACUCAUGGCUUCAUAGAUCUGAUGGACUCAUGGAAUGGUGGCAGGGUGUCAGCUGCAGCGAUGGUGGAGCGGGGGCUCCUGGCUGUGGGAGACCCGGAGCAGGGACCUUGCAGAAGUCCUGGAGCCAUGUCUGGGACCCCAGUCAAUGAAGAUGAACUGUAUUUGAGUACUUUCUUUUAUUCUUCUUCUACCUUAAAAUGGCACUGGAUUGUGGCGACAGCACACUUCACUGUACCUCCCUAGAUGUAUGUGACAGUAAAUAAAUUAUUCUUCAUUCAUUCAAUGCUUUGCUCUUUGCAUUAGAUCCAGCAAGAGUUGUUGUGGCGAGAUCUUCAGCAUGUGUUGUCUUACAUUU